CAGCGCGGGGAAGGAGCGCCGGCUCGCAGCCCUCGGCCCUCGCCCCACCCAGCGCCAGCCAGACGGGGGAGGCGGAGCGCCGGAGGGUGGCGGUCCUCGGCCUCCCGGGUCUCCGCUCCGGGAAGCUGCUCCGAGCCGGGGUGUUGUUGCUAACGAGCUCUCUCUCCUCCCUUCUUGCAAUGAAAGACAAGCCAGACCCCGGGUACCUGGAUGGCUUGGAAGCUGAAGUCUCAGAAACUUCCUAAUAAGUUGCCGAUGGCUACCAGCCAAGGUCAGCUGGUUCCCAUUAGCGCCUGUCCCCACCAAAGCCGAGCCAAAUAAGCUGCUCCCCAGUUAACACCUCAGUCGCUUUUUUUAUGCUCCAGUCCAGCUGCACAAUUGUUGUCACUUUACGCCCAUAUGAAAAGAAAUCUCUUUUAUUGGCCCAAAAUGCCAAGUCCAAUCCCGUAGAGGGAACGUGUUUGCAGCUAACAGGUACACCUCCUGAUUUUAUUUUAUCUUUACAACGCAGGCCGGAGGGUUGUUUUGCAGUUGUGUUGAGCACAUCACACAUUAAGGGCCCUUUAAAGACCUGGGUUGAUUGGAAGGACAAAAAUUAAAAGCAAUCUGAUCCGGCCUCAUGCCAGAUCCCUGCGGAUUUUCUCCCUAUCCCAUUUCCAUCCACUGUCACAAUUUGAGAGUCUGCCUGAUUUGACCAGAUUCACCUCUGGGAGAGGUGUGAUGCCAAGGUUAGGGGGACACCAAGUUGUGGGCAACUUCUCGAUCUGCCCAUCAGCAGUCUGAGAAACGCUGGCUCUGAGUUUUCCAUAUCGGCCUCUUGGAAAAAACAAGUUCCUCGCUGUUUGCAACCUGGCAGAGUCCCUGGGACAUCCGGCCUCCAUCGCCUGGUAGAUGUGGCUUUUCCAUGCUGAGGUUUCGAGUCCCUCCUGACCCAGUCGCCACCUCUCCGGUCCCUCUCUGGGCCUCACGCCUGGGGACUGCGCCGCCAUGCUGCACCUGCUGGCUCUUUUCCUGCACUGCCUCCCGCUGGCCUCUGGGGACUACGACAUCUGCAAAUCCUGGGUGACCACGGAUGAAGGCCCCACCUGGGAGUUCUAUGCCUGCCAGCCCAAGGUGAUGCGCCUGAAGGACUAUGUCAAGGUGAAGGUGGAGCCCUCCGGCAUCACGUGCGGAGACCCCCCUGAGAGAUUCUGCUCCCACGAGAACCCCUACCUGUGCAGCAACGAGUGUGACGCCUCCAACCCGGACCUGGCUCACCCGCCGCAGCUCAUGUUCGACAGGGAGGACGAGGGCCUCGCCACCUACUGGCAGAGUGUCACGUGGAGCCGCUACCCCAGCCCACUGGAGGCCAACAUCACCCUCUCGUGGAACAAGAGCGUGGAGCUGACGGACGACGUGGUGGUGACCUUCGAGUACGGCCGGCCCACCGUCAUGGUGCUGGAGAAGUCGCUGGACAACGGGCGCACGUGGCAGCCCUACCAGUUCUACGCAGAGGACUGCAUGGAGGCCUUCGGCAUGCCCGCCCGCCGGGCGCGCGACCUGUCGGCGUCGGGUGCCCACCGGGUGCUGUGCACGGAGGAGUACUCGCGCUGGGCCGGCUCCAAGAAGGAGAAGCACGUGCGCUUCGAGGUGCGGGACCGCUUCGCCAUCUUCGCCGGCCCCAGCCUGCGCAACAUGGACAACUUGUACACGCGGCUGGAGAGCGCCAAGGGCCUCAAGGAGUUCUUCACCCUCACCGACCUGCGCAUGCGGCUGCUGCGCCCGGCGCUGGGCGGCACGUAUGUGCAGCGGGAGAACCUCUACAAGUACUUCUACGCCAUCUCCAACAUCGAGGUCAUGGGCAGGUGCAAGUGCAACCUGCACGCCAACCUGUGCUCCGUGCGCGAGGGCAGCCUGCAGUGCGAGUGUGAGCACAACACCACCGGCCCGGACUGUGGCAAGUGCAAGAGGAGCUUCCGCACACGGUCCUGGCGGGCUGGCUCCUAUCUGCCACUGCCCCACGGCUCUCCCAACGCGUGUGCCGCCGCAGGCUCCGCCGUUGGCAAGUGGAUCAGGCCAUCUACCGCUGCCCCCCUCUGGGCGAGCGCCCCCUGGCCCCAGGUGUCCUCCAGUGCAGAAGCUGCGGGCACCUCCGCUGCUGCCCCCGCCCCUGCCAAGGCCUCCAGACUUUUCCAGCUCAGGCCCAAAUCUCCUCAAGUGAUGCCUAUUGAAGAAUUCGAAGACUGCGAGUGCUAUGGCCACUCGAAUCGCUGCAGCUACAUCGACUUCCUGAACGUGGUGACCUGCGUCAGCUGCAAGCACAACACACGAGGCCAACACUGCCAGCACUGCCGUCUGGGCUACUACCGCAACGGCUCCGCGGAGCUGGACGACGAGAACGUGUGCAUUGAGUGUAACUGCAACCAGAUCGGCUCCGUGCACGACCGGUGCAACGAGACCGGCUUCUGCGAGUGCCGCGAGGGCGCGACGGGGCCCAAGUGCGACGACUGCCUCCCCACGCACUACUGGCGCCAGGGCUGCUACCCCAACGUGUGCGACGACGACCAGCUGCUGUGCCAGAACGGCGGCACCUGCGUGCAGAACCAGCGCUGCGCCUGCCCGCGCGGCUACACCGGCCUGCGCUGCGAGCAGCCCCGCUGCGACCCCGCCGCCGCCGACGGCGGCCUGGACUGCGACCGCGCGCCCGGGGCCGCCCCGUGCCCCGCCACGCUGCUCGGCUGCCUGCUGCUGCUGCGGCUGGCCACCUGCCUGGACUGCUGA